CACCCUGUGAGCGCUGACAGUCCUGCUCUGUUGUGGGGAGCAAGUAGGGAGCCCACGAAACCCAACCCGGACACGGCAACAGAACAAAAUGGCUGCCAUGACUAUAGAUCCAGUGGAGCAACCUCGGAUGUACCAGCAGACACUGCUUCAGGAUGGACUGUGUGACCUCUUAGAAAAUGACAGAUUUGUGGAUUGUGUCCUCAAAAUCCAGGACAAGGAGUUUCCCUGCCACCGCUUGGUUCUAGCAGCUAGCAGCCCCUUCUUCAAGGCUAUGUUCCUGUCUGACUUGGAGGAGAGCAAGAAGAAGGAGGUUGUCCUCAAAAAUGUGGAGCCUGGGGUUAUGGGGAUGAUCCUGCGGUACUUGUAUACAUCUGACAUUAAUCUGACAGAACAGAAUGUCCAAGAUAUAUUCAUGGUUGCCAACAUGUACCAGAUCCCCUCCAUCUUCUCUGUGUGUGUGUCCUAUCUCCAAGAAAAGCUGGUGCUCGGGAAUUGCUUGGCUAUCUUCAGACUGGGGCUGCUUCUGGAUUGUCCCAAGCUUGCUCUUGCCGCGAGAGACUUCAUCUGCGAGCGCUACCAGGUUGUUGUCAGGGACCAAGACUUUCUGCAGCUAGCCCCCAGCGAGGUGGCCAUCAUCAUCACCUCAGACGCCCUUAAUGUUGAGCGGGAGGAGCAGGUGUUUGAAUCCCUGAUGGACUGGGUCAAGCAUGACGAGACCAAUCGGGUCAAAGAUCUGCCCGAGCUGUUGCACUGUGUUCGCUUCAGACUCAUACCUUUGGAUUACUUCAAAGAAAAAGUGGAGCGUCACCAGUACAUCCGGUUCAGCCAGGACAUCAAGAAGGAGCUGGAUCUCAUCAGGGACGCUCACAGAGGGCGGCUCCCUAAGCCGAAGAAGCCUGCGAGAGAUGGGGCAAAGGAGGGUGAAGGCAGUGAGGAUGAGGAAGAUGAUGAGGAAGGUUACCUGCCAGGCAUACUCAACAACAAUCCUCGUUUUGGGAUGUUUGAGAUGGACCUCAUACUUAUGAUCAGCGACACAGGGACUGUGGCCUAUGACCCGGCAGGAAACGAGUGCUUUGUUGUGUCAGAAUCCACUGAAAUUCCCAAGAAUCACUGCAGCCUGGUGACAAGAGAGAACCAAGUGUUUGUUGUGGGAGGACUUCUCUACAAUGAAGAGGACAAAGAUGAACCAUUCAGCUCCUACUUCCUGCAGUUUGACCCAGUCAGUUCAGAAUGGUUAGGGAUGCCUCCACAACCCAACCCACGCUGUCUGUUUGGCCUGACUGAAGCUGAAAACUCCAUCUUUGUUGUUGGAGGAAAGGAACUGAAGGAAGGCGAGCACGCACUAAGCUCAGUCAUGAUCUAUGACAGACAGUCUUUCAAAUGGGGAGAAUCUGAUCCCCUGCCUUAUGAAGUGUAUGGCCAUGGAACUGUAUCACACAAAGGGCUCAUCUACGUCAUUGGAGGAAAGUCUGAAAGCAGGAAGUGCAUGAGAAGAGUCUGUGUCUACAAUCCCACUAAGUUUGAAUGGAAGGACCUGGCCCCUCUGAAAACAGCCCGCUCUCUGUUUGGUAUCGCCGUCCACAAUGACCAGAUCUUUGUGGUAACAGGAGUCACAGACUCAGGCCUCACCAGCUCUGUGGAGGUCUACGACAUUGCCAGCAACAAGUGGUCUGAGUUCACAGAGUUCCCUCAGGAGCGCAGUUCCCUUAAUCUGAUCUCAAUGGGGGGGUUCCUGUACGCUGUGGGCGGCUUUGCCAUGAUGCCCAGUGAAACCAGUGAGGAGCCCGUCCCAACAGAGAUGACUGACAUUUGGAGAUAUGAUGAGUCGGACAAGUGCUGGACUGGGAUACUGCGUGAGAUUAGCUAUGCGGAGGGAUCCACUAUUCUUUCAGUGCGUCUCAACACUCUGCGCCUCACCAAGUUAUAACUGUACCAAACUGUUGGCGCCAUGAGGUGAAUGACAUAACUUUAGCGCCGUGUUAAACGGAUGCAUUGAUUAGCUGAGGGUCAGAGAAUGUUUCAGGGUAAGGAGUGAACGUGGUGCCCGGAGAUGAAAAAGUGUUAUGAAAUAAGCAUCAAAAGAGUUUAAUCUCUCUUUUGCAGUAGGGGGAGACAGAUACAUGCUGUAGCAGGACACGAGUUAGAACAUUGCACAAAAAUGUAUUUUCUAAAAUGCUAAAGUGUUCCUUUGUACAUGUUUUUGUAAUAUCAUUUCUUGAUGUUUAUUGUAAUGCUUCAUUUUAAUAGAAA